UAUUGUGGAUACCUAGACGCUGGCCAGGCAUUGUAGCUUUCCGUCCUGAUGAAAAUAUCUAAGUGUCCAGUGCCCUUGUAUUCUAUCACACAGCAGGGGUAUCGCUGUCAGUACUAGAUCACCAUUGGAACACAGUGGGUAGACAGUCCGGCCUGAGUGUCACUGUCCCCGGGCGUCAGAAAACACAAGGUCCCCCCUCGGUCUGACGGAUCCCCGGCUCGUGGAGCAGCUUUCUCCUUGGAUGACCUACACGCAACCUCUCGCAGGAGCAGGUUCAUUACAGCUGAGCACCUGCUGGUUUGGAAGUGCAGCAGUAUUUAGACACAGUGGGCAACAAGUCCAAGAGAGGCUCUUGCAGGCUCCAGGCCGACUCUGGAGCACCUGACCUGGGGAACAAAAUAAGACACGUUACGAAAACAUUCUCCUUAACGUGGCUGCGUCAGGAGGAGCGGACAGAGGACUGCACAUUGCAGAGUUGACAUUACAUGUGCGCACCUGACAACUAAAAAGACAGGGUUUACACGAACACUGAAGAAUACCUCGGCGUUCACAUGAUGUACACAAUCACCAGAGGUCCCAGCAAACUUGUUACACAGCGGCGGACAGGUCCGACACAACAAAUCGAGAGCAAAUUCAGCGACUUGAAGCUGAAGCCGACGUCUUGGCUCUCAUCAACCUCUCCUCCCCCAAAGAUCGUGUUCAAUCGUCUGAACGGGAAGCGUUACCACGGUGCAGCCACACAGAAGAGCCCCUGCCCUGCAGAGGGAUUCACUCCUGCACAUGAAGAGAACGUCAGAUUUGUGCAUGAAGCAUGGCAGGAGGUGGAGCAGAAGAUAGGAGACGGUGGGGAAUGUACUGAGAGCCAGGGGCCCAUUCAGUACACUGAGAAGACCCCCAGUGUGGCGAUGAAGAACUUUGUGCCCAUAGACCUGGAGGAGUGGUGGGCUCAGCGCUUCCUUGCCAACAUUGCCAAUCUGUCUUGACUGAGUGAGGCUUUGAGGCGGGACAGGAAGCACCACGUCGAUGCUCCCUUAUGAGGACAUCAUAAGAGCGAAGAGGAGGCAAGUGAGUCUCCAGGCUCUGCGGUGCAAAAGGGUUGUGCAUAAUUUGAUUUGAUGCCCUGUGAUUCAAGCUGCUGUAGAGAUAACUGGGUGCACAACACAAACUUCCCCCCCUGCCGCUGAUGCAACAACAGCGAGCUGACUGAACUCUGACAGCGCUGACUCGAGGUUGCGCAGGUGGGAACAAAGUACCUGAUAGAAGUUGUGAGCCAAGUGUUCUCAGCUGUUUGUAAGUCUCGGCUGAUCUUUGGAUAGAAAUCUACUGAAGACCAAAAAAAGUAAAAUGUUUUUACAAAAAAAAGU